GCGCCGAUUGGCUCCAACGCCAUGGGACAGGCGUUCCCAGCGGUGACGACCGCGAGGCCUUGGCGCAAUCCUUGACGCGGGAGCUAGAGACGCAUGGCUUUCCCAAGGCAGCAGUCGAAGAAGAGGUUUCGCGCUUCUUGGAGAGAGGCCGUGUUUCUGCAACAAAUUUGGACCGGCUACAGCGCCGAUUGAUGCGCUCGGUCCGGCAUGGGGCGCCAUCCGAGGAAGGGGCGCCGCCGGCGUCGGCGAGGGAGAGCCGACUGUUGGAGCCCUUAGCCGCCAAGCCCCAGGCGCCAACAGUCCAAGAGACUGCGAAGGCAUCGCGCCCCAGCGUUUGCUAUUGGGAUGGUAACUCACUGACGGUGAAGCCCGAAUUCCAAAAGCUGGCAAAAUGGUCGAAGGUCGCUGCGGUCCAAAAGCUCUGCAUGGAAGAUGAGCAGGUCAAGCAGCAAAUGGUAGACAAGGAGCGAAAAUCCAGGUAUCGGGACUUCUUGAAUGAGCAAAUACAAGAGCACGUCCGAGCCAAGGAGAAAGAGAAGGAGGAGAAAGUCAAAGCGCGGGUCCGAGCAGACAAGGACCAAGAGUUCUCCAAGAUCGAGGCGUUGGCCGCUGCCCAACACAGGCAGGAGCAGAUGGUCCGUCUGAAGGACGAGAUCCUGACGCAGGUCGAAUCGUGUCGAAGCAAGAGACAGGAAGAAAUGGUCUCCGAUGUGUCCCGAGCACAGGAGGAGAACGAGAAGGCGCUCAAGUCCUUGGAGGAAGAGAAGCUGCAGGUGCUCAAGAAGAAGGAGGCGCGGCGCCUGAUUGAUCAAGGCCAGGCGGACCUCUGGGCGGCGGAGAGGCAGAUCCAGACGGAACAGAAGCAGCAAGAUGCGAAGAGAAGAGCGGAAGAAAAACGGAGGAGGGAGGAGGAAGCUGAGCGAAAGCGCCAGGAGAAAGCCGAGCUCACCGAGCGGGCGAAUGUAGAGCGCGCGCUCUUCUUUGAGAAGCUCCAUCAAACUCAAAGCAAGGAAGGCGCAAGAACUGAGCGUCUGACCAAGCGCAAUGAGCGGUUGGUGGUUGAGCAGCAGGCUUUGGCCCCGAUCCGCGCAGCCGCGCAGCGUGCCGAAGAGGAGGACAGGAAGAAGGAGGAAGAGCGAUGGAAGAAGCGUAGGGAAAACGUGGAGUUUCUACACCAGCAGAUGCACGAGAAGGAGCAGCGGCGCAAGAAGGAUGUGGAGUUUGAGCAAGCCAAGCUGCGAGAGAGCGAGGAUCUCGCAAAGAGACAGGCGAAAAUCGAGUCGAAGAAGCAGGAGGACUUGCAGAAGAGGAAAAGCCAGUACAAGGAGGACCUCGUGGAACAGAUGGUCACUCGACAGGCGGGAAAAGUCCGAGGGCAGAUGAUUCGAGAGGACGCCAUGAGUGACAUGGAGAUUGCGCUGAACAAGGACAUGCUCUCGAAGUUGCUGGUACACGACAGAUGA